UCGGCUUGUUACAAGUAUAAUACUGUCGUUAGCUCGAUUAAUUAUCACAUAAUUACCUAUAGCAUCGAGUGCUUCUUCAUAGCGAGUGGAAUGAACAUAAGAUCAAACUGAGACCGAGUCGCGUUCACCUCGACGAUUCUCAUUUCCGUUUUUUUUUAUUCUUGUUUUGUCCUUUUUUACAUAUUUGGCAUCACAGUAUAGUUUUUAAGCUUUACUUUUCAGUCUCUAUAAAAACAGAGCUGUAUUACCUAGACGUUAAUCUCAAUAAUGACGGAUACGAAUGUAAUUUUUUAACGAACAUGUGCCAUAGUAUAAGCUUUUCGAAAUGUUUAUUAAACUGUAAUAUGCUUUCGACAAGCCGUGCAAGCUACGUAGGAAAUUCAUUUCGGUAAAUGCAUUUCAGCGAAUCAGUUAUAGGUCUAUCUUUUGUAAGGGGUAUUGAUAAAAUGCGGUCAUCUCUUACAAAGCUGAAUUUUCAAACGAGGUCACAUCGGCACGUUGUACGUGACUGCGAUCAAUAUAUUUUCUGCAGCUUUUCCAGUGAUCAAGUUGUACAUUUCAGUAUUUGACGUGAUUGUACAAAGCAGUCAAAUUACAAUUGUACUAUACAACGUAAAAAAUGACGAAAAGAAAAAUGAAUUAGAAUACAUUAAAAUGGAGAUAUAUAAAAUAAGAUGACAAACUACGCUCUGUGCAAUAUUAUAAUACUUGAUAUUGCGAAUUUGGAUAAUAUUCUGUUUUAUUUAUUGCAAUUGAGAAAACUGAAAAUAUGCGAUAUACUGCAAUCGACUAACAAUUCCAACUGUGCAAAAUUGCGUGUAGAGCGAUGGACGAUAUCGAAAGACACUGCCCAAGCUCCGAGUAUAAAGAGUUAAAUGUAAUUUUGCACGUGAAUCUUGGAAGACUAGAAAGUGUAACAACUAACACGCCAGUGUUAUACAAAGAGGCGUGAGAAUCGCUGAUGGUGAUCAGGCGUGGCUGUACGCAAAUCAAACUGAAUAUAUUAGAAUGCGUAGGCGCGAGCUGCAACAAUUGGCCAACGAAAUAUAAGGAAAGGAAGCUGCGAACAGAAGCGAGUGCGCCUGGCACUGGUCGCGUCUACGUGCUUGCUCGCGCAUCGGUUUGCACGCCUGCAUCCCCGAUCUUGAGUGACGUGUACUUACGUAUACGACAGCCUAGGGAUGUGCGCAGUAAACGACAACGCUCGAUAAAGCGCAAGGACCAGCAACCGCAGAGCCCACGACAAAGUGCCGAGAGAAGGCCGUUUUUGACCGUCAGCCUGACGUUGCUGAAAACUACCCAACAGCUCGCUGUGCUCUCGCGUUCGCACGGACUUUCCGUAGCUGAGAAGCGCCGAAGAGGCAAUGCACCCACAUCGCUUUACGCCGAAAAGAAACUGAAGCCAAUUGCCAGCUGUCAAGCAUCCGCUGUGCCAUCAACGAAAUGGCAAACAUUAGAAAAGAGCAAAAGUACAGCAAGUGCACGAGGGGUGAACAAGGUUGAACUGGGGGUUGAAUGACGAACACUGACGAGAGAAUACGCAGGCGCCUGACAGCUUGCUGCUCGCUGCUGCUUGGGAGUGCACUCGGCGUGAGGCCUGGCGGAGGGGGUAGAAGGGAACGAACGAGAGAGAGAGAGAGAGCGAAUACAUCUCCAAAGCACUAGUGUAGUAUCAGUCCGGCAAGUGUCGCUGAGCUUCGUUUCAGCUAGUCCACUUGUUUUGCACGGAGAGUGCAGCUCGAAAGUUACAUCGUUUGUAAAAGUAAUCGCGCGGAGCUCGAGCAACGCUGUUACUAUCGUUAAACUGUUCCGUUUGAUGUGCGCGACGAGUACCGCAGCCGCCAGCGUCAUCGCGAGCAACCAGUAACAAACAUUAGCUGUUUCGCGCGCGCGCUAGCUCCUUCCUUCUCUCUCGGCUCUCCCUCGCCGUCGCGCUCUCGCUUUUGUCUGCCUCUCGCAGCAGCAGCCAGCAGCGAGGACAGCCUCGAGCCGCGCAGUUUUGUCGAAGCGUGUUCGCGAAUCGUGAACGCUAUCUUUCUUCUUGACGCGAGUGAAUCCCAAGUUGUGUAAGCAAUAAUGACCGACAAAAAAGCGUAUCCAGUGGCUCCGCAUCCGCCCACGGGCUUCGUGCCAGCCCAGGCGCAGCCGGCCGCAUACGGAGUUCCGGGCGCCUCGCCUUACGGGGUGUUCCCCAACCAGCCGCAGCUGUACGCCGCGCAGGGUCCACCGCCACCCACCUAUGACCAGAGCCUCACGCACCCCAUGAUGUACCAACCGAUGUACGGCCAAGGUUACCCCGGCGGAUACUUGGCUGGUUACCCCGCCGCCUAUGGGCCGCUGCAGUAUUAUCCUCCGUUAGCUGCAGCCGCGGCCUACUACCCCACGGCUAUGCAGCCCGCUCCGGUCAGGCCGACCAUCAUGGUGUCCCAGAACGGCUUCGACGGGGCCAGAUUCGACGGGAUAUCGCAGCCCGUUUUGCCGCCGCCGCCUCCUGGCGUAGCUACCAACGCGGCUCAGCUGGCAGCUAUGGCCGGCCACAGUGUGGCGCUCUCCCAGAAGAAAGGCUCCUUCCUCGGCGGAGGAACAGACGCCGGAUACACGUUCUGGUAAACCAGCUUCAGCGCUAGCAACUCAAGCAACUGCACCGAGAAGAAGGGAGGAGGGGGAGAGGAGAGAAAGAGAGAGAACGCGUGCAAGCGACCACGUUCGUUGUCGUUAACCAGAGCUAUAGCGAGACGAUAAGAGCGGCGCAUUGUUGAGAAAUCCGUGCAUUAUCUAAGCUAAUAUACAGACACGACAAAUUUAUUCGUUAAUUCAACUUCGCAGUCUAUUGCAGUCAUAUUUAUCGUCUCUAUUUUUAUUGCGUUCUGCAUUCGUCUGUCUGCCUGCCUGCCUGCGCCUGCCUGCCUGUCUGUUUGUCUGUUUGCCUGUCUGCAUGUCUGCCUGUCUGCCUGUCUGCCUGUCUAACUGUUUACCUCUCUGCCUGUCUGCCUGUCAUCCUGUCUGUCUGGGUGACUGGCUGACUGGCAGGCUGACUGGCUGACUGGUUGACUGGUUGACUGGUUGACUGGUUGACUGGUUGACUGGUUGACUCUGACUGGUUGACUGGUUGACUGGCUGUCUGUCUGGCUGUCUGGUUGUCUGGCUGUCUGGCUGUCUGGCUGUCUGGCUGUCUGUCUGUCUGUUUGUCCGCAUGGAUGAAGCAUUAUGUACUCGUGUCAGCGAGGGUGCCGCUCUCCCUGUGCAAACUACCCGUCGUCGACCCACGCAAACAAGUUGCUAGUCUUCGUUGUCGACCAUUGUAGAUAUAUCAAAUACUCCUCAUCAAUUUCCUCCAUCCCCUUUCCCUCUAUCUAACCGACUGCCUAUAUUCACUACCCUCUUCAGUUAAAAUUGACCAUCAAACAGAAAAGACUACUGCUUGAUUUCGUGCGACCGCGUUAGUUUGAGUGUCUGGGUAUUCUCAUUCCUGCGAAAAAUCUCGAGUCAUUUUUUUAGAAAAGACUAGUAUAACAGACUGCUCAGUAUUAAACAAAAUGAUGAAAUGAGAAAACGAUAAAAAAAAAUACAACAUUAAAAAAAAUCGUCAAAAAAUCAGAUUAGAUAAAUUUAAGUAAUGUCGUCGCUUCUUGACGAUUGUGGCUGAUAAGAACGUCACUUGUGAGUGAUAAAGGAUAUAAGUAAGAUUAACAGCAAAGAAAAAAAUCUGUACACUCACGGGUAAAUGAACUGAAAUUGCGUGGUAAUCUUGUUAUUUAGCGAUAAAAAAAAAAAUGAGCGUAUAAGUGCGAGCACCGUUUGAUAUAAAGCUGUCUAUCAAUCGCCUACUGGGAUCGAUACUCGAGAAUGUGUUCUAAACGUUUUUUAAACGUUCGUUGUCAAAGUCAAAUUGGGGGCUGACUUGUUGGUUAACGAAUAUAUUUUCGUCGACAAUUGAUUGAUUUUAGUUUGACUGAAUUUUAUUUGACCGUUAACUAAUUUAACAGCUUGACUUUAAAAAAUUUGUUUGGGUCAACAUUUGGCUUUCGUUAUUUUCUUGUUAUUGCAAAAGUUUACGUUAUAGUUUGAGAUAUUCUUUGGUGUUACUGAAAAUAAUUAUACGAAAUUAUGCAAGCAGCUCUCAAAAGAUUAUGACAAAAUUAUGCAUGAUGAGAGAAAUAGAAUGAACGUGUGAUGACUACGAACUUUUUGAAAAAAAAAAUCAAGGCGAAACAAUAUAUUUUCUUUAGAAUUUUCUAUGGCUGGUCUGCGUGUUUUUCCUUUCGCGAAAGAACAUCUUUGUAAGAGUCUUCUGGCAGUUUUCACACGUUUGUAUAUAUCAAUGACGCUUAUCAUCAGAUUGAAAAGUACGUACUCUUUUUUUAUAAGUAGUCUUUCAACUUUAAGGAUCCUUUUUUACGCAGGUUAGCUAGGCUGGCUAAAGAGUUAUUAUUUAAUUGAAAAUCAACGGAAUUGUUCACUGUUAAAAAUUUUGCCUCGCUGCAAAAACGGUUUCCGCCAUGUUAUUUACAUGAUGCGCGCACUAGUGACAUUUAUUUAUUCUUUUUUUUUUUUUUACUCCUUUAUUAAUCGUUACUUGAAAUUUACUGAAAGAAUCUCUACGGGGGUCGGAGGGAGAAAGGGGACCGUUUGAGUGCAAUGUAAAAGAAUGCAAGAGCGGAGGCACUGCUAAAGUACAAAUUCAUGCAUCUCGACAGGCAAUUGAAGCAGUGAACAAUUCUGCGUGAAGCCAUAACAAGCAAACUGGAAAUAGCACGGAGCGAUACAGCACUUGAUAACUUGAUUCUGUAUUAAUUUAGUUCGGAAGAAUUAUAUAUACUUUUAUGUAGUUAACUUUUUUCAGAAUUGAACACCUGUCUUUUUAUCUCACUUUUUUGAGCAGCUACUCGCCCACAGCUGUUUCGCUCCGUGAUCGUAAAAAUAGUAAUACGAAUCAGUUAAUAGAACUCAAAAUAGUUCUAUUUCUUGGCUCACGUGAAAUAUGAUAUUUAAAUGAGCAAUGUAAUUAAAGGAGAUAAUUUACAAUCAAUGAUAGCCCAGAGUUAGGACCAAAAGAUACGAUUCUACUUAGGAUUUUCGAUUGUAUCAAUGCCAAGCUUGGACAAACGUGUGAUUUACAAUAUUUUAAUAAGCGCAGCUUGUAAUAUAAUUACGACAUGAUUUUUGAGCACAAAUGGUUUUCCUAAGAACCUUGAGUGGCUAAUUGACUAAGGUUGGCAUGUUGAUUACAACGAAUUAAAUUUUCUCCGAAAUUUCGUUUCUUUUCUUCUCAGUCUACUUUACAUUACUCAAAUGUGAUCGUCAUUGCGUCAGACGAAAACGAUUUCAUUACAAGAAUCCUGCUGAAACUAUUUUACAACAAUAUAUUUUCUGGACUACUUGAAUUUUCAUACAAAACUUGUUUUUAAAGACAAGCAUCGUAAAUAUUAUAUUUUACUAAUAGAAUUCUUGAAAGUUUGAUGAACGUUAUCAUUUUGGUUUUAUUCAUUAACUCUCAGAUAGGAUAAAGUAUAAAAAAAUAGUCACAUUUAAGUAAUUAGUAUAACAUACAAAUAAUGACUUGAAAGUCUUUCCUUUAAGUAAAAAAAAAGAUUAAACCAAAAUUAGUGAAUUAUUUCAUGUCUAUUUUUCAUGAUAAAUGCUUCACUUAGAAAAAAAACGUUAAAAAUUCAGCUGUAAAAUUCCAUACUAAACCGUUGAAAAUUAACGUAAAAUCAGACCAAGAAAACAGUUAGUUAAAAAAAAAAUUGAGUGAAAAAUUUUAAUGCAUUUCUUUGAUAUUUUUAAAUGUGAAAUAUCAAGCAAUAUUUAAUUUACCGAUUUAUUUACAGAUUCAUAUUUUUUUAGAUGAAAGUUUUUGCGAUGCAUUUUGACAAAUAGGUCGUAUCAGGCGGCAAUGGAAAGAUUUUAUAUCAUGAAAAAGCGUGCAAUAAACAACAUGAAUAUUGUAACAGUAAAACAAAUUGUAUUAACUGCAGUAAAUUUGUUAUGUUAAAAGGCACUGGUGUGAAUAACCAGUGUAAACAGUUAAUAAACAUUAUGACCAUG